AUGCCCGGCCAGCAGCCAGACGAAUGGCAACACCACGCCGAGAGGACGACCAGCCAGUUGCCCUCCUUCUACUCUCCCCCAACAGACGCCCAGCAUUCGUCGCAAGGUGAUGCCGAUGUGUCGCACCCCGACUUCUCCUUUUCUUCCGACCCCGCAGUCGGCACUUCUGCCACAUCACCGCCCACGCCCAAGGACGGAGACAGCAGCAGUAAUGAUAAUGACAGCAACGGCGACCGCAAUGAUGGCGCAGGGACACCAUCAAAUGCGCCGCCGCCCAGUUCGCUGCUGUCGCCAGCCUUCACACCUCCCGCCACCCCAGGGACCGCUACUCCGUCCAGCCUAUUGCUCUCAGAACCGCGCGGCGUCCCAGUCGACAGUUCGGUUCCCUCCGGCGGUUGUGGAUCCAAACACCCACGACUCCUCGAGCAACUCCCUCAGGUAGAAUGCAUCGUCCGCGCGCGUAUCCCGACCACCACAGGCGCCGAGAUGUUUCUCCACCUCUACACCAACAAUGUGGACAACAAGGAACAUUUGGCCAUCGUGUUUGGAAACACGAUCCGCAGCAAGUCACUCGAUGCCGUACGCGAGGGCGAGACCGAGAUGGAUCGCCUUGUGCGGGGCGCCUACACGGGCAGACUGUACCCAGGGAGAACGACAAGCCUGGAAAAGGCUGAUGGCUCGGCAACAGAGAGACAAGAACCAGAAGAGGCUGACAAGAGCCAACCACCUCUGGUCAGGAUACACAGCGAGUGUUACACAGGCGAAACCGUUUGGUCUGCGCGCUGUGACUGUGGCGAGCAGCUCGACGAGGCUGCGCGGCUCAUGUCUCUGCCUUCAAACAAAGCAGGAGGCAUCAUCAUCUAUCUGCGGCAGGAGGGUCGCGGCAUCGGGCUGGGUGAGAAGCUCAAGGCUUACAAUCUGCAGGAUUUGGGGUCGGACACAGUCGAGGCAAACCUGCUCUUGAGACAUCCCGCUGAUGCGCGGAGCUACGGCCUUGCAACAGCCAUGCUGCUUGACCUCGGUCAGAAAGAAGUGCGUCUCUUGACCAACAACCCAGACAAGAUUCGCGCCGUGGAGGGGCCAAACAGGGAGGUGGUGGUGAAGGAGCGUGUGGCCAUGGUGCCUCUGUCGUGGAAGGGCAAGGGCGGCUUCAGGGCGCCCGAGGUGGAAGGAUAUCUGAAGACAAAGAUCGAAAAGAUGGGGCAUCUGUUAGACCCAGGCGCGUUGCCGAGGUAA